CUACCAUGAAACCAUUCACAGAAGAAGAUGUGGAAUUUUACAUCCAGAAUAAGGUGGAACAGCGACACCACCUGGUGUCUAAGACAGUGGAUGAGGUGCAGAAGAUCAUCCAACAGCUGACUGCAGAAAUCAGCUACAGGGACACGCGAUUUCAGGCCAUCUCCAACUCUGGUGUGCACAACGAGAAUUUUAGGGAUCAGCCAGCUUUACUGGCCAAGUGGUCCGCUCUGCUUCGGGGGAAACGCCCAUUCCACCCAUCUGUCCAGGUCUUAGCACCCAGCCACUUCCUCAUCACAGUCCCACUGCGCGGCCUGACAGGGUACCGGGAGCACCAGGUACGGCACUGGCGGUAUUACACCGUGCAUGGGGCAAAGCUCCUUUCCCCAGUACGGGACCCAGAGGAGCUGCAGCAGUGGCUGGAGGUGGAGCAGUUCUCAAAGAGCCUGCAGCAGUGGCAUGAGACAGAGGUGAACAUCGAAGGUGAUCUCGUUCCAGCCAAGGUCCUUGCCAUCUUCAGGGAGUUGAUGGAGAAGUCAAUUACCUCCUGUAACCUCUCCAGUAAAGUCAGCAUUCUGGAGAGUUUCAGCUCGGUGGUUCGAGUUGCUGUGGAGACACCAGACUCCCAGGUAGAGGUGGAGCUGGUCCCUACUGUGGAAAUCCCAACCUGCUGGCCUGAGAAAGCCCGGUGGCCCCGCUGCUUCAAGCGCUGGCCUUCCCAGGAGAAAGUGCAGUGCAUCAAGUCAUUUGGCUUUAAUCUCCUGGCCCGUUCCAAUUACCACUGGCAGCUGGGCUUCUCCCGAGCUGAGCGCCUGCUGAUAGAGGGCCUUGACGAGGACGGUGGCUGCCGCAUGAAGUGCUUCCGAGUCAUGAGACAAAUGAAGGAGGAUGUCUGGUGUACAGGAAAUAAGCCAAUCCUGACGACCUAUCACCUACAGAUGGUGCUGUUCUGGACAUGUGAGAAGUACCCACGCACCAAGGACUGGCGCUGCUUCCGGGAAGGCUUCCUGCGCAUGGUGAAGAAGCUCCACAAGUGCGUGAGCCAGCACUUCCUGAAGCAUUACUUUGUCAGGGGCACCAACCUGCUUAAGUAUGCCAACACCAGCGACCUGGACCUAGUGGCAGGCAAGCUCGCCGUCUUCCUGGAGAACCCCGUGCUCUGCCUGGACUGA